CCCCUCCCUCCCUCCCUCGACGCCUCCGCCCUUUCAGUCUCUUGUUUCCCCCACUUCUAUCUCACAAUGGCUUCCGGCUUCGGUAACAACGGCGGUGCUUCCCGCUGCUACAACUUCUGGCAAGAGGUUCUGGGUUGCUACGUAGUCAACUCGGCUGAGGGUGAGGCCGGCAAGAAGAAGUGCCUGCCCGCCUUGGAGGAUUACCACGAAUGCCUGCACCACAAGAAAGAGGUCAUGCGGACGAUGAAGAUGCAGGCCGCCUACCGCAAGGCUGAGGCCGCCCACCCCCGCGAGAACGCGCCCCGGGCCGAACAGAUUCGCAGUCUGGGACUGCUAGGGAAAGACGAAGAGUCAGCGGCGAUUUUGUCCAAGGCAUGAUGAGUGUUGUGCGCAUUUAGGGAGUGUGGUUCCAUGUUGAUUGUUUCAUUGCUACCGAGAUUAUGCUGGUUCUCUUAUAUCUUUGUCUGUUUAUCAUUGCGAGGUCCUUCGAUGUAUAAAAUGGACAAAUUUCUUCUAUUAGCUUGGGAGUGGGGGUGGUGUACCGCCGCAGGUUGUGUUUAUCGGGACUGGAAGCUUGUAGCGAC